UUUUGUUGGUGGUCUAGAAUUCUGUAGUAUAUAUGGUUUGCGGAUCUAUAAAGAAUAUGUUUAUAGGUUUUCUAAGCUGAUAUAAAUUUGAUAACUUCACCGAAACACAUGGCAAGGUUAAAGUGCAGUGUAUACAUACAUUAUGUCUCAUAAGACUACUUUGUGACCCAGACUACAAUGCAUUUGAAAACUGCAUAUAUUAAAAGAGAACAUACAGUAAAGCACAGUUAACAUGCCUUUCAAUGUUCCGUUCAGAAGAUAUAUAAAUAAAAGAGAUGUAUAUCCGACAUUUUAAUUCAUAUUUGAAACUUCAAGAUGAAAUCAGUUCAUAACAGAUUUGAAAAAAUUAAUUCACCAUCAGAUGCUCAUUAAUUCCCAUUUGAAUAUUUAAAGUAUCUUAGAUUCCAUCAUGGCUGCUAUAGAUCAAGAACAAGGGCAAGAACGACCACCUGUCACACAACUAGAAUUUCGGCAAGCAAUGAGAGAUUUCAAAACUAUGUUUCCUGAAAUGGAUGAAGAUGUCAUUGAAGUUGUUUUGCGUUCAAACAAUGGAGCAGUGGAUUCUACUAUAGAUCAACUUUUAACCAUGAGCACUGAUAAUGAAAAUGAGCGUAUUCGAACUGAACUUGAUGCAACAGAAAAUGAUGAACUGCCCCCUUGUUAUUCACCUUCUACUCCUCCACCUUCUUAUAAUCAAGCUGUUCCCUAUGCUCAAAGUCCAGCUCAUGCAGUUGCUUCUGGAGAGAGUCAGACUUCAGAUUCAGGACUGCAAUCCUCUCCAUGCAUACAGCAACAACCUACUCAGAAGGAAUUAACUCCCAUAACUAAACCAUCAACUGUACAGUUUACAUUGCCUGAAGAAAGUGAAGAAUCUCCUGAUGGUGCUACAACUGCAGAUGAAACUUCUUUUGCCCAUGGAGCAGAUGUGGCCUUGAAAACAAUAAAAGAAUGGAACCCACCUCUUUUAGGAGAACUUCCUCCAACAUUUCUUAAAAUCAAUGGAAUAGCAGGUGCUAGGACAAGCUCUAAGAAAGUUACUAUUUUAAGUUCAACAAUUCUUCAGCAACGUAUUGAAGAGAAUGAGAGAAAGCGGCAUGAUAAUACAAAUGUUAAAGAUCCAGAACUUGUGCAGUAUUUAGAAGAUGAAAGAAUUGCACUUUUUCUACAAAAUGAAGAAUUUUUCCAAGAAUUAAAAGAUAAUAAAGAAUUUCUUUCUACAUUAGAGCGAGCUUCCUCAGAUGUAUCAUCUCAGGAAGAUGAAGCAGAAGGUGAUGCAGCUGAUGACUUAGAUGCUAAUUUUCCUUACUGCAACAGUGCACCUCCAGAAGAGACAGAUGCUGCAUUUAGGGAAAAAAUUAAGAAUAUGGGGAAAGUAUCUCGUAAGAAAUUUACACAAUUAGCAAAGUUAUUUUCAAGAAGGAAACGGCGCUCAUUUAAACCUAUUCUAGGUGAUGGUUCUAAUCCAUCACGAGACAAUCUGCUUUUACAUGAAGAUGAGUAUUCUGAACUUUCUGAAGAUGAUUCAGAAACAGAAGUUAAUAAAAAAGACACCUGGAACAGUCAUGUUGGAGGUCCAGGUGGAAGAUCUCAAACCAUAGAAAGAUCAAAAAUGGAUUUGUAGCUGUGUGGUGAACUAAAGCUAUCUUUAAGAAAGUAAAAUUGUGUGCUUCUAACAUGUGUUAAAAUAUUAUGUAAUUCUAACCGCUGGCAGUUACUAAAUGAUUGAACUCAUGUUGGGUAUAUUUGCAUUAUGUAUAUUUUAUAAAAGCUGUGCUAUUUCAAUAACAUGUUAAUCAAGAAAAUCCCUUUUACCUUAAGGGAAUGACUGUAACCAAUUGUAUAGAGGAUGAAAAAUUAUAAUCUGAAGUUGCAAUGUA